CAUGGCAUUGCCAGCAAUGACGUUAUUUCCUGGGGGUGGCAGUGUGGGCAUGGUACUGCAGGUCUAGGCGAACAGUGCGCGCGAGUCCUCCAUGGAAACAAGCGAGGAGAAAGGAGGAGCAGUUCGUUUGGAACAAGCCUCUGCGCUGACUCCCCAUUGUACCAACUCAACCGCAUGAAUAAUUCAUUAAACUUGCUAACGCACAUUAAGACAAAGACAUAUUUUAGUCAGAUAGCUAUCAUUUUUUUUUACCGCGUCGGCUCGUGUGGACGUUUAGCCAGCCUCAUAACGAGCCAUGGCGGAGCGAAGUGGCCGGCUGAGCCUCGGUGGAGGGGGACUCAACAGACCCGUGCCUAUGAACCUGUUCGCCACAUGGGAAAUAGAUGGAUCUUCCCCGAGUUGCAUCCCGAGGUUGUGCAGUCUGACUCUGAAGAGGUUGGUGGUUCUGAGGGAGCUGGACAAGGAACUCAUAUCGGUGGUCAUCGCUGUCAAGAUCCAGGGUUCCAAGAGGAUCCUGAGGUCCCAUGAGAUAGUGCUGCCCCCUAGUGGCUCAGUGGAGACUGACCUGGCUCUCACCUUCUCACUGCAGUACCCUCACUUCCUGAAGAGUGAGGGUAACAAGCUCCAGAUCCUGCUGCAGAGGAGGAAGAGAUACAAGAACCGGACUAUCCUGGGAUACAAGACCCUGGCUGUAGGAACCAUCGAUAUGGCUGAGGUGAUGCAGCACCCUACGGAGGGGGGCCAGGUUCUGUCUCUGUACAGUAACCAGAAGGAGAUGCUGGGUAAAGUAGCAGAUAUCUGGAUCUUCUCACUGUCCAGUCAGCCCAUAGACUACGAGGAGGCCGCUCUGCAGGAGGGAACCAAGAUCAAAUGCUCAGAUAACUACUCUGAGGAGGAGUAUGAGAGUUUCUCUUCAGAGCAGGAGGCCAGCGACGACGCUGUUCAGGGUCAGGACCUGGAGGAUGAUGAGUAUGAGGUGAGGAAGCCUAAGAAGCAGAGAAGGUCCAUCGUAAGAACUGCUUCAAUCACCAGGCAGCAGAACUUUAAACAGAGAGUUGUGGCUCUGCUGAAGAGGUUUAGAGUCUCAGACGAGGUGUUGGACUCGGAGCAGGACCCGGCAGAACCCCCUCCAGAGGUAGAGGAGGAUCUGGACCUAGAGAGUCUGGAGUUUGAAAACCCCAGUGACAGUGGACCAGAAGUAGACGAUGACGACAGUGUCCUCAGCACCCCAAAACCCAAGCUCAAGCCAUAUUUCGAGGGCCUUUCUCUCUCCAGUUCUCAGACAGAGAUCGGCAUCCACACCAGCCCGGUGGAACCAGACCCGACUGAGAGCAGCGAGGCCACGUUCCAGGUGGACAGUGUCUCAGAGAAGGGCUCAUAUCAGGAAGGGCAACCAGAGGCAGUGACCCCCACUACAGAGCUGGAGAUGGACAACAUGGACACCUUCCUGGAGAAGCUGCCCCCUACUGGCAAGAUGAAGAAGACCGAGUCCCUCAUCAUCCCUUCCAACAGAUGGCAGGAACCUAAGUUGGCGGGGAGGAGAGGGAGGAGUACAUCCCUAAAGGAGCGCCAGCCCAACAGACCACAGAACGAGAGAGCCAACAGCCUGGAUAACGAACGCUCCCUCGACACACACUGCCAUCUACAGAUCCCCAGGAAGACCGUGUAUGACCAGCUGAACCACAUCCUGGUGUCUGACCACCAGCUACCUGACAGCAUCAUCCUCAUCAACACGUCUGAUUGGCAGGGCCAGUAUCUGUCAGGCGUUCUCCAGAACCAGCACCUCCCGGUGGUGUGUACCUGUACUACAGCAGACAUCCAGGCCGCCUUCAACACCAUCGUCUCACGCAUACAGAGAUUCUGUAACUGUAACAGCCAGACGCCCAUCCCCAUAAAGAUAGCCGUGGCUGGAGCCCAGCACUACCUCGGUGCAGUCCUCAGGCUCUUUGUAGACCACCUCUCUUACAAGACCCCUGAUUGGCUGGGCUACAUGAGGUUCCUCAUCAUACCACUAGGAUCUCACCCAGUCUCCAAGUACCUGGGCACCAUCGACUAUCGAUACAACAGUUUAUUCCAGGACACUGCGUGGAGGGACCUCUUUCACAAGCCCGAUGCUCCAGUCAUAGUGCAGGAGAGUCCAGAUGUGGUUUCCAGGGUAACCCAGUAUAUGGUCGGGGCCAACGGAGUUCACCAGCUCCCCAUCGCUGAGGCCAUGCUCACGUACAAGCAGAAGAGCCCAGACGAGGACUCUUGUCAGAAGUUCAUCCCCUUUAUCGGGAUGGUGAAUGUUGGACUGGUGGAACAGUCAUCGGCAACAUCAGGUGACUCGGACGAUGCAGCUCCCAUGGCGACAGCCAUCCUCUCCUUCACCCCUCCUCAGGUGUCCCCCGCCCUGAAGGAAGCCACGCCCACCCCUCCCUCCUCCCCCUCUGUCAACACAAGCUUCAGCUCAUACAGUUCUCCCCAGGGGGAGCUGAUGGGACUACAGGUGGACUACUGGGUGGCUCCCUCCCCGGCUGACAGGAAGAGAGACGUGGAGAAAAGGGACUCGUCCUCCUCUAAGAACACUCUGAAGUGUACGUUCCGCUCGCUGCAGGUCAGCAGGCUCCCCCAGGCCGGGGCCCAGCCACAGCCCGCCAUGUCCAUGACCGUGGUCAUGAAGGAGAAGAACAAGAAGGUAAUAUUCCUGCCAAAGAAGACUAAAGACAAGGAUGUGGAGUCUAAGAGCCAGGUGAUCGAUGGCAUCAGUCGACUGAUCUGCACUGCCAAGCACCAGCAGACCAUGCUGAGGGUGCUGAUUGACGGCGUGGAGUGGAACGACGUUAAGUUUUUCCAGUUGGCGGCACAGUGGUCGUCGCACGUCAAACAUUUCCCCAUCGGGAUCUUUGGACACAGUAAAGGGCCUUACUGACAAGCGACGCGUUGCCAUAGUAGCGGGCAACCGUUACCAUAGAGACUCAUCUGGAACGGAGGACAACGUCCCCUCCCUCAUGUGCCAAUAGCUUUUAUAAUAGCCGAACCCCCUCCCGCACAUCUUAGACUGGUCCCAGAUCUGUCUGUGCUCUUUCCAACUCCUAUGGUCAAUUGUCAAACCCAACGUUGGCACGGCAGCACAAACAGAUCUGGGACCAGGCAACACACAUCUGCCCACCCCACUGUCUUAAUUUAAGACCCAGAUGUACCUAUUGUUUACACUUCUGUGUUUGUUGUUGUGUUUCUAAAAGUUACCAAGGCGUCGGCUGUCAUAAGGAGAUUUGUUUCUCACCAAGUUUUUAAAAAAUCCUGCUGAUUUUCUAUACACAAAGCCGAGCGGAAACCUAAUUAAAUAAAUAGUUUGAAAAAACUCCUCUAUAACUAGUAACAUUUCGCCCCCCCCCCCCCCCCCCCCCCCCCCCCCCCCCCCCUCUCCCGCUCUUUGCUUUUUUCUAAUGUGGCAAAAAGAUAGAUUGUUUCAAACACUUUGCCAGGCACAAUUUAACAAGUCCUAGUCAUGAUCACUUUGUGACCAAAAGGCCCUGAAACAAUGGAAGAUGGACAACACAUAAAAGAGGAAGUGGUCUGGAUCCUGGACUGAAAUCAUUCUAGAACACCCCGAGUCCUGGGGUGUAUUCAUUAGGAACCAAACAGAAGCAAACAUAACGGGAAAGGAACCUACCUGAAUUUGUCCGAAAUUAAACUAUUUCGUUGCUAAAUGUUUUCCCGUUGCACUGCGGGUUUGCUACACUGUGCACUAAUGAAUACUCCCCUAAGGACAGUGACUCCUGUUGUUGUAGCGGGUCACUGAGACCCUUCUGCACUCAUCGGAAGAAGACUGACAUGUACAAUAGACUUACUGUAGCCUGAAAUACAGACCUGUUCUGUGCUAUUAUUCCACUCUUUUUUUCCUUCCUUUUAAAACUCUGUGUCAUAUGUUUGGCAAUGACAAGGAGUGGAAUGAUGGCACAAACAGACUGGUACCCAGGCUACAAUGUGCUGUAUAUGUCCCGCACAUCCAAUCAAUUAUAUGUAAACACAAAUCAUAAUUGAGAUGGAACUGACCCUGCACUAACUAAUGGUUGGUGCAUCUCUCUCUCUCUCACUUUCCUUUUUCCACCUUCCCUUCUUUUGAAAGGGAGCCGUGGGUGUGCCACCGGCAGACAUAACAUAUCAUCGGUCCCGUCCUCGUACCCUAAAUCUCUUUAUCUCACAGCAACCACACGUCUUCUAGGCGGAAUACUAGACAGACUGCAGCUCACUCAUUACCUGCUACCAGAGCCCACGUGUGUCGCUAGAGAGUUUGGGAACGUUGUCGUUUCUGCCGUUGGUGCGUUUUACACGACACGUCAACGGUCUAUAGCGGCCAUGUUAGCUCCCCCGUUUAACGGUACACAUAUAGCAGCCAUGUUAGCUCCCCCGUUUAACGGUACACAUAUAGCAGCCAUGUUAGCUCCCCCGUUUAACGUUACACAUAUAGCAGCCAUGUUAGCUCCUCCGUUUAACGGUACACAUAUA